AGAAGCUGGCUCAGGAUAGAAGAGGGAUUUAAGCAACAGAGUGAUGUGGGGUGGUUGAGUUAUGGACAAAGGUUGAGGAGUGGAGAGCCAGGGCUGGGUCCAUGGAGGCGAACGACACGACGAAGGCGGAAGUGCACACGUGGUUCCCGGGACCCAGCUCCCCAUACACUCAGGCUCAGGCUUUAAUCAUCGGUUUCAUCCUGCUCAUCGUCAUUGUGGUGACCGUCAUCGGUAACAUUCUUGUCUGCGUCGCGGUCUGUCUCGUCAAGAAGUUGCGGAGGCCGUGCAACUACCUGCUCGUAUCGCUCGCCGUCUCCGACCUCUGCGUCGCUAUACUCGUCAUGCCGAUGGCCCUCCUGUACGAGCUGUUGGGCACCUGGAACCUGGGGCCGUUCAUGUGCGACCUCUGGGUCUCCUUCGACGUGCUCGCCUGCACCGCGUCCAUCCUCAACCUCUGCAUGAUCAGUGUCGACAGGUACUACGCGAUAACCAAGCCCUUGGAAUACGGGGUUAAGAGGACUCCCAGACGGAUGAUAUACUGCGUCUCUCUCGUCUGGCUUGGCGCUGCCUGCAUCAGCCUCCCGCCGUUGCUCAUUCUCGGCAACACGCACGGAGAGACCCAGGAGCGUCCCGGUCCUCAGUGUCUCGUCUGCCAGGACUUCGCCUAUCAGAUCUACGCCACUCUCGGUUCCUUCUACAUACCCCUCACCGUCAUGAUGUUCGUUUACUACAAAAUCUUCAGGGCAGCCCGGAAAAUCGUCUUAGAGGAAAGACGGGCCCAGACUCAUCUGGAAACAAGCCAUUACUUCUUAGAAAUCAACAAAAACGGCUCCGGACCAGAGGCGAGGCUCGCUGUCAGCUGCGCCAGUUCGCCAGCAGCGAGAGCUCACCAUAGAACCAGCACGACAAGCACAAAUACCACUUUCGCUGAUAAUAACUACCAAUAG